CUGAGUGACCACUCACUAAGGGUGUGUUUCGGGGUCUUGUAAGGGGGAAAGAGCCCGCUCCUCCAAUCACACUUUAAGGAGGGGUGGACAGGCUGGGUGAAGUUUUAGUAGGAUUUGUGUUGUCUGCCUACCUGACACCUGGACCAGUGGUGGUGACACAUCAUGUGUCAGGCACAAUCCAAGUGGUUGAAGGAUGCCCCUGGGAGAUAUUGAUAGGCGCACAAGGCCUCAAACUUUCAUAGGGGGGGGAAGAGAAGAAAUUAGAAUAGGUGUUGAAAUCACCUUCCAAGAAACUUCGUUCCAGCUACCCAACGGCUGAGAAAAUCAUCCGAGCUCAUACCUGGGAGGUGAGGGUGGCAGGGGAGAGUAAAUGACCCCGCAAUUCGCAGUUUGGAAUUGGGAACCAUGAUCUGCUAGUAAUGGAAAGUCAUGAAAAAGACUUGACCAUCUUUUUGUUUAUCUGUGGUUCUAAAGUCCUAGAGGAUGACCUAGCACUUAAGAACCAAUUUGCAGCCCAGUAGAAGGUCAAGCGAGAGCAAGCUGACCUGAAAGAACCCAAGUGGUGGGAUCAGGUCAAUAGUAAAACAAAUCCCAAACUGAGACAGUACCUGGUGAGACUUUUUUUGUUUUUAGUAACGAGACAUUGAGUUGUUGGAACCAGGCACUGGAAUUUGUAGGACCCUCCUUGGCUGGAAGCAGCUCAUAGUGUUUUUUUUUAAAUUAACGUUCGUACAAUCUUCUGGAUAACUUUUAUUUCAAGAAGGAGUAAAAGGGAGCGUUGGAAAUUAAAGAACCGGAUUAAAACCUUGAGCACUUAAGGAAAACAGGUUAAGGAACUUAAUCCAGGAUGGAUGUGCAGGAACCGCAGGAGUUGAGUAUGUUUGCAGAGAGUGAACUGAUGUCUGUGGGGAUGGACACGUUCAUCCAUCGCAUUGACUCCACGGAAGUCAUCUACCAGCCACGGCGCAAAAGGGCCAAGCUCAUUGGCAAAUACCUAAUGGGGGACUUACUUGGAGAAGGGUCUUAUGGCAAAGUCAAGGAGAUGUUGGACUCUGAAACCCUCUGUAGGAGAGCUGUCAAAAUCCUGAAGAAGAAGAAACUGCGCAGGAUCCCCAAUGGGGAGGCAAAUGUUAAAAAGGAAAUUCAGCUCCUGCGACGAUUACGACACAAAAAUGUCAUCCAGCUGGUAGACGUGUUAUAUAAUGAAGAGAAGCAGAAAAUGUAUAUGGUGAUGGAAUAUUGUGUGUGUGGGAUGCAGGAGAUGCUUGACAGUGUCCCAGAAAAAAGGUUUCCAGUCUUUCAGGCUCACGGGUACUUUUGCCAGCUCAUAGAUGGCUUAGAAUACUUGCACAGCCAAGGGAUUGUCCACAAGGAUAUAAAACCUGGGAACCUCCUGCUAACAACCAAUGGGACACUAAAAAUAUCCGAUUUAGGAGUGGCAGAGGCAUUGCAUCCGUUUGCAGAGGACGAUACGUGCAGAACGAGCCAAGGGUCGCCAGCAUUCCAGCCGCCAGAAAUUGCCAAUGGCCUUGAUACCUUUUCAGGCUUUAAAGUGGACAUCUGGUCAGCAGGGGUCACGUUAUACAACAUUACAACGGGUCUUUAUCCCUUUGAGGGGGAUAAUAUCUAUAAGUUAUUUGAAAACAUCGGGAAAGGGGACUACACGAUUCCAGAGGAUUGUGGUCCUCCGCUCUCCGACCUACUUAGAGGGAUGCUUGAAUAUGACCCAGCCAAGAGAUUUUCAAUACAGCAGAUAAGGCAGCACAACUGGUUUCGUAAGAAACAUACUCAGGCAGAGGCUCUGGUCCCCAUACCUCCUAGCCCAGAGACAAAGGACAGGUGGAGGAGUAUGACGGUGGUGCCUUAUCUGGAAGAUCUCCAUGGCUACAAUGAGGAAGAGGAUGAUGACUUGUAUGACAUUGAAGAUGAUAUCAUCUACACUCAGGACUUCACAGUACCAGGACAGGUGCCUGACGAGGAGGCUGCGCCAAACGGGCAGAACCGCGGCAAAGGGCUGCCCAAGCCGGUGUGCAUGAACGGGACGGAGCCGGGACAGCUAAGCACCAAAUUGAAAGCGGAGCGGCGGGCGAGCGCCUCGUCCAACCCUUCGCGCAAGGCCUGCUCUGCCAGCAGCAAGAUCCGCAAGCUCUCCACCUGCAAGCAGCAGUGAGCCCGACGCGUGCGCGCUCUUCGCAGAGCCUGUCUUGGAGCCUGGGCCAGCCUACGCCCCGUCCUCCUCGCCCCAGCUCCGUCUCUCCUGGGAG